AUGUCCGACGGCACCAAGAUAAGUUAUCGAUUCUACAUGCCCAAAGACGCGGCUGCUGUGAAAACUGUCAUGUAUUUCUUCCACGGCAAUGCAGAAGUGUGUACAGCCAUGGAUGAUAUUGCAGAGAUGCUGCACGAAGCUGGAGCAGCGCUUCUGUCCAUAGACUAUAGAGGCUACGCUUGGGGAACGGGCCAGCCGAGUCUGAAGAAGCUGUGCCCAGAUGCAGACCAAUGCUUCCUCCAGAGCCAGGAGCUCUUAUCGGCCGCUGGCUUGGGGGACACAAAGCGGGUCAUGUUCGGACGAUCCAUCGGAGCGACGUGCGCUGUACACCUGGCGGCAAAACAAGCGCGGUUAGUGCAUGGGCUGAUCGUCGACUCGGGCCUGAUGUCUAUCAAGCAGCUUCCUACGGUCAGUAUGUUGGCUCCGAUGGUUUUCCAAGGCCAGCCAGAGAAGCUGGCUCAACUUCCGGAGCCCUUCGACACACUCGGGAAGCUGUCUGCUAUAGGAUGCCCCACACUUGUCAUGCACGGGGACAAGGAUGAAAUAGUUCCUCAUCAGCAGGCUGUGCAAUGCCAUGAAAAACUGGCCACGGCAAGCAAGAAGUUCCAGACCUGGCCAGGUGCAGGGCACAACGAUUGCUGGGCUUUGUACCUUGCUCCAUGGAAGCAAGAGGUCAGCGCGUUGUUGGAGCAGGCCAAUGGCUUCGAGAUUACCUUCCCUUCUGGGGCGUUAGUUGAGACGCACUCGCUGUCGGCG